CAACAUCAAUAUUAACAUCUGAUACUCUUAUUAAAAGAGUAUUCUUUCAUAAUGCAUUUCUUUUAGCCUGUCGGGGUGGUGAACAUUAUAAUUUAAAAAUCGAUCAAUUUAAUUUUCACGAUGAUG